AUUUUGGGUCAACACUGUGAAUAUAUAAAGGAAGUGGAUCUGUUAGGAACACUCUCUCUGGUAGAGCUUGGAAAACGCCGCGGCAGGAAGACGAAGAUGCCAUUGUCAUUGCCAUUUUCAUUGAUGGCUCAGCCACUUACAGGGUUGAGAUCUGAGCCUCUAUCCUCAAUUUCCUUCUGUCUCUCUAAGCCACUUGGUCGAAGCCGUAAGCAGAACACUGCAGCCCGUUCAUUCCGCGUUUUGGCUGCAGUAAUAUCCAGCCCCAUUCCUUCUCCUCUCACCACAGAGCGUUUCAAGCUCAAGCAAACCUUCAAUGAUGCGGCUGAUCGCUGCCAUAAUGCUCCCAUGGAAGGUGUUUCCUUCACUCUCCAGCGCUUCCUUGCGUCUCUUGAGAAAUACGACUUCGAUCCUCAGUUGGGAUCCAAGGUGAAAGGUACUGUCGUCUAUACAGAAGCUAAUGGAGCACUUGUGGAGAUUGCUGCCAAGUCACCUGCAUACUUGCCGUUGCAGGAGGCUUCCAUUCAUAGAAUUAAACGUGUAGAAGAAGCAGGAAUAUAUCCUGGUUUUAGAGAGGAGUUUGUUAUUAUAGGUGAUAAUGAAGAUGAUUGCUUGACUUUGAGCUUGAGGCCCAUCCAAUAUGAACUUGCUUGGGAAAGGUGCAGACAGCUUCAGGCAGCGGAUGUUGUUGUCAAGGGUAAGGUGGUUAGUGCGAACAAAGGGGGAGUUCUGGUAGUUGUGGAAGGCCUUAAAGGAUUUGUUCCCUUCUCAGAGAUAUUAAUGAUAUCAACUGGUGAAGAGCUUAUCAACAAGGAGCUUCCUCUGAAGUUGCUGGUGGUUGAAGAGGAACAAACAAGGCUUGUCCUCAGUAACCGUAAGGUCAUGGCUGACAGCAAAGCACAACUUGAAAUUGGAUCAGUGGUCACUGGAACAGUUCUAAGAAUUGUAAAAUUUGGUGCCUUUGUUGACAUUGGUGGAGUCCAUGGUCUUCUUCACAUCAGUGAGAUAAGUCAUGAUCGCAUACUAGAUAUUGCAGGAGUUCUUAAGCCUGGAGACAUUCUCAAGGUCAUGGUAUUGAACAUUGAUCGUGAAAAAGGCCAUAUUCGUCUUUCUACCAAGAAGCUAGAGCCUAAUAAUGGGGACAUGAUUCGCAAUCCCGGGCUUGUUUUCAAUAAGGCUGAGGAAAUGGCACGUAGAUUUAGGCAAAGAUUAGCUCAAGCAUAGGCAUUGGGACGUGCAUGCUUGCUUAGUUUUCAGCCUGAGGUAUUUUACAGCCAUUUAUCAUUUUAUCCUCGAGAUUUUUUAACUUUACCCUUAGAAUGAAGAAAAACUAUUACGAGGAAUUAAACUAAAAUUUACGUGGAGUUUUGAACGGUAAUGUGGAAGAGUACAUCACUUGCCAGUACACACAUGCUAGUAACCCAGUUAUAGAAGUCUAAUUAUUUUGUUAGUUUAUUAGUUAUUUAGUACUGGCUGCAUCAUUGAGAGAUGUAGUUUAUAUGUCGGUUUUGGCAGGUUGACAUCGUUUUUAGUUUAAACACCUUCGUUUAGUAAGAAAUUUGUUUGAUGACACUA